UCAGCAAGUGGCGUCGCUUGUGACGAUGUUGGCAGGGGGCGGAGCUUAAGCGGCGCGUCCACAGGAAGAUGGCGCUCCCCACGGGUCCGGACCGGCGGCAGCAGCAGCUGAAGUCUGACAGCGACGAGCAGCUGAACCAUCACCAGACCGAGCUCACCGAGCUGGAGCUGCCGCAGGAGCCGGACACUGAGGGCAUCCCGCUGCAUUCUCCCUGGACCUUCUGGCUGGACAGGUCUCUCCCCGGAACAACUGCAGCAGAAUGUGAAUCUAACCUGAAGAAAAUCUACACGGUGCAGACAAUACAGCGUUUCUGGAGUGUGUAUAACAAUAUCCCUCCAGUGACAAACCUACCUCUAAGAUGUAGCUACCACUUAAUGAGGGGCGAGAGGAAACCACUCUGGGAAGAAGAAUGUAAUGCUAAAGGAGGAGUAUGGAAGAUGAAGAUCCCAAAAGACAGCACGGCUCUCGUUUGGAAAGAAUUAUUGCUAGCUACUAUUGGCGAACAGUUUACGGAUCGCUGUUCUGCAGAGGACGAAGUGAUUGGUGUCAGUGUGAGUGUACGUGACCGGGAAGACGUCUUCCAGGUCUGGAAUGGAAACGCCUCCGUUGUCGGCGAAGCAUCAGUCCUAGAAAAAAUCUAUGAACUUCUGCCAAACACGUCUUUCAAAGCUGUAUUUUAUAAACCCCAUGAAGAGCAUCACGCGUUUGAAGGUGGACGUUCGAGACACUAGCAGAGGUCCCACCAUAUAAUUUUUUUUCCCAUUUCCCCCUGUACCUUCCGGAUGGUUCUUGCCAUAUGCAGUGUUGCUGGGCCCAACCAGUGCUCAGUGAGGGUUAAUAUCUGAACAGGACGAAGGCCGGGCACAGGAUUCUUCAUUUUUGCUGAACUUUAUAAUUUUUUUUUUUUUUUUUUUUUUUUUUACAGCUUAAUUGGAAAUUUAGAACAAACUUUGUUUCCUAUUUUUUUUUUUUUUUUCCCCGUUCUGUGCACAUUGAACUGUAUGAUGGCUUCGCUGCUCAGAUAUCAAACAUGGCUGCCCAAUACUAGUCUGAGGUAGAGGUGUGAAGCGUCUCAGGGCGAAUUCUGUAGAGUCCGGGUAGCUGUCUGUCCUCAGUGGCUGCUCUGGAUUUCCUUUUUUCCCGCGUUAACUCCCUGAUAUGUCUGAACCAUGACGAAUGGCUACAUCUUAGAGCGCCGGUUCUCCCGUUUGCUCUGGUUUUAUAGAUGACCCCCCCCCACCCCAACCCCAUGGCACUUUGCAGUAAUAUACUGAAGCAAGUGGAUCAUGAUAAUGCAGAUGUUGGUAUCCCUGAAUCUGUUCAGUUAUAUAUGCAAUUAUUGAGGCCCCCUUCCUUGUAGCACAUUCCUAUCCAGGACCCCCAGGUAGGUCCCUGCACUGUACAGCGCACGGAGAGGUGGUCUAAGCCUUGCAAGGAUUCCUAAAUUGCUGGAAUCUGUGACUUGCUGCAUCGUUGCAAGACCCUCGGUGUGCCGAGCCCCCAUGUAUUGGAGAGGGACGUCUGAGGUGUGUUUUCCCUGCCCCCAUCUUUUUAUAGAGACUUUGCUGAAAAAACUUAGAUUUUUAGCCUUACAGAUUUAACUUUUCAAUUAACCCAUUAUUAUUUUUUGAUAUGAAGAUGGUUAUGGGGGAGGCGUAUACCUAGUACCACCUCUUCCAUUUUAUCUCUUUGUAGAGUUCGGGUUAAGGCCUCUUUCACAUGGGUGUGUGCUGUAUCUCGCAUCCGCAAUACACAGGUGCCGUUCCGUGGGCAUUCCGCAUCACGGAUGCGCACCCAUUCGCUUCAAUGGGUCCGCAAAUCCAGAGA